AUGAAUAAUGAUAAAAGGAAUGCAUGGCGCUGCCCCGUGUGUCGAGUGACCCCGCAAUCGCCCCAAGUUUGUGAGGAGCCCGCUUUAACUUUAACUGACUUAUAUGACGAAUUGAAAACCUCGAGAACGUCGAUUGAGUCAAAGAUUGACGGGGUUGAGCAACAAGUUAUCGAUCUGAAUAACAAAUGGAGCAGCUUGGAGUCGCGCCUGGCUGGCAUGGAGGAGAGGAUCUCGACCACAGAAGAUAAAAUGGAGACUCUUUCGACUUUGCCGUCUCAAAUUAAGGAUUUGCAGGAGCAAGUGGCCUGCCUUAAAAAAGAAAAUAAUGAGCGUGACCAGUUUGGCAGGCAAAAUAACUUGGAGAUCACCGGCGUUCCGUCACGUUCAGGGGAAAAUUUGCGUACCAUUCUAAAUAAUAUUUGUACCAAGGUUGGCUUUGUCCUUGACCAAUCAGAUAUUGACUGUAUUCAUCGCAUUAGAGUGUUUUCUACGGAAGCGAAGCACCAGAAUCUUCGCCCACCCUCGAUCAUCGUACGGUUCACACGGCGUGUGCGCAGGGACGAGCUGCUGGCGGCGGCCCGCGCGCGCCGCGGCCUCACCACAGCGGACGCCGGCCUCGAUGGACCGUCGACCAAUAUUUACCUGAACGAGCACCUCACGCCCGCAAAUAAGAUGUUGCUAAAGAGGGCCCGCGAAGUAAAAUCAGAGCUCAACUAUUCUUAUGUAUGGGUGAAAGAAGGCAAGAUCUUCGUGCGUAAAAAUGACACUUCUAGGGUUAUACGUAUCGUGUCCGAAUCCGACCUUUUAAAACUUAAAUGA